AUGUGCAAGGUAUUCCCCACGACGCUCUCGGGGCUAGCACAGGCGUGGUUUAACAACCUUGAGACCGGAAGUAUCAGAAGCUUUGGAGAUCUGGCCACUCGCUUCAUCAGCCGGUUCAUUGUCGGGGUGCCUGCAGAAAGAAAGACGAGUUAUCUGGAGACAGUCAGGCAGAGAAGGGAUGAAUCGCUCAGGGAAUUCGUCGCCCGUUUCAAUAUGGAGGCCCUACAGAUCCCCGAGUUAGAUGAGGGUAGAGCGGUGGAGGCCAUGCAGAAGGGAACGACCUUACCUGAGUUAUUUGGCUCGCUGAGUAGGAAGCCUCCCACCUCACUGGCGGAGCUGAUGAAGAGGGCUGAAAAGUAUAGAAGGCAGGAUGAUGCCUUGGUAACAAGUAGGUUUGCUAAAGGAGUGGCAGAUAAGGGGAAAGCCCCAGAGGAAAGGAGGCCGGAGAGACGCGAGAAGAAGCACGGCAGGAAACCUGAGCCUUACAGACAACCCUAG